AUGGCCCAAAGACUAAUUCCGGUUAGGCAGACACCGAUCGUGCUCAAAACCGCGACGCUAGAUUCAAAGUACGGGAGCAGGUACUGUUUCUGUUCAAGCUGUACAUUGGAUCCCGACGACAUGAUCACGACAAGCGCAUUUGAUUGGGACUCUCCCGCGAUCAGCACUGUCCAAGCACGGGGGAGCAGGCUUGUCUUAUUCGAGCCUGAGACAAUAGUAACUCCUAGCGGUGAGCGAGCAGCACCACAACAGAAUCGAGCAGCUGGAGCAUAUGGACUGUUCCAGGCUGGUCCGGGCAAUGUCCCGGAAGAUCCAACUCCCAAGGUCACCGGUGGAGCUUGGCCCAAAGCGGCAAACCGACAAGCGUCGGUGGAGCGAUCCGCCGAAACGGAUGAUGGGACGCCCCGUAACCAUUUUCGGCCGUAA